GCAAUGGGCAAUGCUGCAAGAAACGAAAAACGGCACUGACACAAGUCUGCAACAUGCGGAAGCCUACGUGAAGAUUAUGGUGAAGUCGAUUUGCUUCUUGAAGUUUGGCAGCGAGGCCCCGGAACCACAAGCGACGUUGCAGCUCCAAGCAGAGACCUCUUGCGUUCUGGGACCAGGGAUUCACGACCUGGCCCACCCUGGCCCACCCUGCCAUUUCCAAAUUGCAAUGUUUCUGGAGAGGCAGUGUGGCGCCAAGCUUUUGGCUGGCAUUGUACUUUCAGUGACAUCACGUGAGUCUUGGAGAGCACACGAGUUUCGCCUUCAGCUUCUCCUUGAAGGAACACUGCGCUUGGCUUCUGUCAUACGAACAUCGCCCGUGUCAGCUUGGCUGUUGCUUUCAGCAGGUGUCGUUUUGUCCUUUUGGGAGAUGGCACUUUUUGUGGCACUUGGAUUCCGCGUGGGUUGCGGCAACUUGAGCCCACGUGCGGUCAGUUUCGCGCACCGACGGCACGAAGGCCUCCGUGGCGAAGCGCACGAUGAGCUCCAUGGCGUAGGCGACCAUCAUCAGAGAUCGAGACAUGGCGAGUCAAG